AUGCCCUCGCAAGUUUCGAUAACAAUCAUUAUCGUUGGAGCCGGGCCAGCCGGGAAUACGGCGGCGGCCGCUUUGGCUUCUGACGGGCAUCAAGUAACUGUCCUCGAACGCAACUCGCAACUCCAAACUCGUGGAGGGAACCUCAUCGUCCAGCCCUCCGCCGUGAAAUGCCUCAACCUGAUCGGUGUUUCAGAAUCUCUGGACAAGGUAGCUGUGGAAACAGCCAGUGAAUUUCUAUGGAGAUGGAAAGACGAUGCGCCAUUCACGGAAACAAAGGCAAUUCCCGAUGGGACGACCCGAAAGCCUACCGACAGGCCAUCACUGCAGCGAAUCACAUAUGAAGCUGCCAUCAACGCUGGAGCCAAAUAUCUGUUUAAGAAACCUGUCUUCAAAAUCAUCGAGGAGCAGAACGACAAAAUUCUAGUGGUGGCGGAGGAUGGCACCGAGUACUUGGCUGACAUGGUGAUUGGCGCCGACGGUAUUAAGUCACGCGUCCGGGAGCUCAUGUUUCCUGGACAUAACAUGAGUCCUAUCAUGACACCCGAGUGCAUCUUCCAGACAGAGGUUGAUAUCGGCAGGGUACAGAAAGACCCAGUGGCCGCUCCGCUGGGCGUUCGCUCGCACCAUCUCAUGUUCGGCCCCGGACUUUACUGCGUCGGUCGGCCGACAGCUCAUGGCACCGUUCGCAUCCUUCUAUGCAAUCUGAAUUAUGGACUCCCAUCCGAAGAUGCGGAUUUAGGUGGAACUUGGAAUUCGGACGGCAACCCUGAAGAGAUCCGUGAAAUGUUCCAAGGGUUCGGUGCGCCGCUGCGUGCCUACAUCGAGUGUGUGAUACGUGGGGGCUACCCCAUCGACAAGUGGCACAUUGCCACAGCACCAAAGAUGGAAACCUGGCUGGGACUCGGGGGACGCUGCAUUCUUCUGGGGGAUGCUGCGCAUGCCAUGUUGCCGCAUACUGCUCAGGGAGUGAGCCAAGGCAUAGAGGAUGGCUUGGCCCUGAGUACAGCCCUCCGCUGGCUCGACAAACGGGAAAACCUGUCCGCCGUUUUGGGGAAAUGGGAGGCCCUCAGAAAGCCACGCGCUGAGAAGAUGUUUGAUGUCGGCCACCAGAAUAUCGCCAUGUUCACGCUUCCAGAUGGCCCGGAGCAAGAAGCUAGAGAUCAGAAACUCUUAGCGACGGGUUUCACUGGAAAGCCAACGGACUGGGAAAGCAUUCAAAUGGACGAGAAUGCUCCAAGAAUGACACCCCAAUACACGAAAUGGGCCAUGUGCUACGACGUGGUUGCAGAGUGCUAG